GGGGGCUGGGUUUGGGCUGGCUCGCAUGCGUGUGUCAGAGUGUGUGUAACUGUGCGUAUGGAGAGCAAAUCGAGCUAUGUACUGUCAGUAGUAAACCCUGUCAGUGAGGUGGCAGCCCUGUAACGCAUAGACACGCAUUUACACGCACUUGUACGGACAUUUGUGUUAUAGCUGUGAGCUUAGAAGAAGAAAGCAUGACAACUGGAAGACGUGGAGGACAGUGAUCGACUGUAUUGAGGAUUUGAGCAAGAGGCGCCUGUGCAAGGCGAGAGUAAGUUGGAGAGCAGUAAAAUAGCAACAAAGAACCAGGAGCGCGCAUUCAUGGGACGCGACUUUGACAGCUCCUCGUUUCUUCUGGCCUAACUUUGUUUUAUCAAGCGGAGGGUCUGUGACAGAGCAAUGGCUGAAGCAGCGCUGCACGACCCUCUCCAGGACUUGGACGUUGCCAUUGAUCCGGAUUUCGAGCCCCAGAAACGGCCACGGUCCUGCACCUGGCCGCUGCCCAGACCGGACUCGAGUGCGGUAAAACCAGAGAAUAAAGACAUCAUCCCCGAAGAAGAGGAUGACGAGGAGGACCGAACAACCCCAACAGCUAUCGACUCCGGUGGCCCCACGGAGGACCAGGGCAGCGGCAGUCCCGUAGCCGAUGGGGCGCUCUCCUCCCCGGGUCAUGACAGCGGAGGCUCCCCGCUCAGCUCACACUCCCCCUCGGCCACAUCUGGCGCCUUGACCUCCAGUGCUUUGGCCACUCCGAGAAAAGCAUCGUCGCGCAGAAACGCCUGGGGUAACCUUUCCUACGCUGACCUCAUCACUAAAGCCAUUGAGAGCGCGCCGGACAAGAGACUGACACUGUCCCAGAUUUAUGACUGGAUGGUCAGAUCUAUCCCUUACUUCAAAGACAAAGGCGACAGUAACAGCUCUGCAGGAUGGAAGAACUCCAUCCGACACAACCUGUCGCUGCACAGCCGCUUCAUCCGGGUGCAGAAUGAAGGCACCGGCAAAAGCUCCUGGUGGAUGAUCAACCCUGAGGGAGGGAAGGGAGGCAAAGCUCCACGUCGCCGUGCCGUGUCUAUGGACAAUAGCAACAAAUACACCAAGUCAGCCCGCGGUCGCGCCGCUAAGAAGAAGGCCGCUCUCCAGGCUGCGGCUGCAGCAGGAGAGGGUGGAGACAGUCCCUCAGGCUUGUCCCGCUGGCCCGGUAGUCCCACAUCCCGCAGCACAGAGGAGCUGGAUGCCUGGACCGACUUUCGCUCCCGCACAAACUCUAACGCCAGCACCAUCAGUGGGCGCCUGACGCCCAUCCUGGCCAACCCUGAGCUGGACCAGGUCCCAGAUGAUGAGCCCCCUCUGUCGCCUAUGCUCUACAGUCCUGGCAGGACAAUGUCGCCUGGCAACAACACAGCCAAUGGGAAGGCAGCACCAACAGAGUUGCCCCGCCUCGCAGAUCUAACAGGUACCAUGAAUCUGAACGAUGGACUCACAGAUGACAUAAUGGAUGAGCUAUUGGAAAACAUCAACCUGGUGCCAACCACUACGGGACAACCCCCAAACGGAUCUUCAGGCUUCGGCUUUGGCUCCAAACCAAACGGACUAGUCUCUUCCUCCUCCACCUCGCCCGCUGCCAACCCAUCUACUAAUGGCAGCAAUGGUUUCAGUAACUCCAUCUUUGGCCCGCCUUCCACAGGGUCCACCCUGCGCCCCUCUCCCAUGCAGACCAUCCAGGAGAACAAGCAGACAUCCUUCUCCAUCACCUCUCAUUUUGGCAGUCAGACAUUACAAGACUUGCUGAACUCGGACAGCCACAACCACAGUGAUGUGAUGAUGACUCAGUCCGACCCGCUCAUGUCCCAGGCCAGUGCUGCAGCUGUAAUGUCCCGCCGUGGCCUUAUCCUCCGCAACGAUCCCGUCAUGACCUUUGGCACCACUGGAGUUCACAACGUCCAGGGGCACAGUAACAACCAGAACACACUCCGGCCCAUAAAUGGUCUGACUCUUAACAACGAAGCUAACAUGUUGGCUAAUGCCAAGCAGCUCCUGAACUCUCCUCUGGGGAGCAAUGGCUCAUCCUCCAUGCAGAUCGACACAUCCAUUUUCAUGAACGGGACAGUUUCUAACGGAGCCCCUCUGAACCAGGACCGCUUCCCCACAGACCUGGACCUGGACAUGUUUAAUGGGACUUUAGAGUGUGAUAUGGACUCUAUCAUCAGGAGUGAGCUGAUGGACGCAGACGGACUGGACUUUAACUUUGACUCUUUAGUCAACUUCACCAGCACCAAGCAGACGUCCCAGAGCUGGGUCCCUGGCUGAGCAAAGAUCAGGCACCAAGCACAGCAGGUCUGAACUGUGUGGACGAUUAUUACCUACACCCUUUUUGCCAAACCUGCCAUCAGCACAAACAAAAUAAGCCUGUUUACAGACACUCAAUGCUGAAGAUCAGCCUCCAAACCUCCUGUGAAACAACACUUAGAAACAAACUGACAAUGACAGAGUUAUGCAAUUUCUCAGUCCUGUUCUGUUGUAAUCCAAGGCGUUUCAGGUCGAUUGAAGUGAAGAGGAGAGACCUUACAGUUGUUCCCAAUGAAGAUUCAAGUUUAAAAUGGAGAAGUGAUGUGUCGUGUUGGACAAAAGAAGACUCUCCCUGUGUUUUUAUCCUUGUGAUUUUAAAUGUUCAGUGUUUUGUUUGAACGUUUUCUGUUUUAUCAUUAUUUGGCAUCAUACCUAUCUGUACAAAAUGGAAAAAAAAUGUAUUGGUGAAAUGAAAAGAUGGCAGUAGAGCUAUUUUGUUUAAUGCACAUAACCAAUAUAUAUAUAUAAAACAGUGGUGGUAAUGGCGUUAGGAUGUAAAAUGCACUUCAAAUUUAGCGCUUAUAAACUGCUGCAUCCUAAGGGUAUACUUAAAUUUGCUUAAACAUCUUUUUUUUAUUUGUUUGGGAAAAAUAACUGUAAAAUUGUCCAAAAUACUGGAUUUAUAUGAAUGCAUAUUUGUACAGAGCAAAUCAGGAAGGAAAAACUUGUUUUGAGAUUUAUGAUUACAGCAUAUGAUGUAGCCAAAAUAAAUAGCUGUUCUUUGGGUUUGUGAACAUUUCCACAACAGGUGCUACUAUGUAAACAGUGUUGACUCCUGUCCUAAAGCAUAAACCAUUUGAAAUCAGUUUAUUUUCAGUCCAGCCAUGACCCCUGCAGCAGCCAGAUGCAAAGGUCAAAGGGCACAUGGAUUUUUAGGCUCAUUCCUUAAGCCAUUUUUCUCAAGUUCAUAAUAUGUCAAUAAGCUACUACUAUGUCUCUGUAUAUUGCCAAAUUACUUGAAAAUGAACAGUAGGAUCUGCUGGCAGCCAAAUCACAUUAAUGCACACAUGCACACUGAUUGACUUGAUUUCCUUGUGCUACUAACAUUCUAUCGAAAUGUUGCAUGACUUUCACUGCAGAAAAACUGUCAACUUUUUAGGACAUAAGUCAAAACCUUUGAGAAGAUGUUUUUUUUUUUUUUUUAAAUCAUCCAUUUUUGCCGGAGAAAGUUUGAAAUACAAUUGGAUGGUUAGGAGAGAGUAGUAGCAGUAACUGAACUCAAAUAAGUAUUUAUUUUUCAUGUUGAGAUAGUGAAAGGUAUGUUGUAUCAAUAAAUAAAAAUUUUAGCAUCAAAUCUUACCAAAGGAGUUGAAUUGGAUUAGAAGAAUGGACCCUAUUCAUGUUCAAUUGCCUCCUCAAAGCCUCAGUUCCUCGAUUCUGAGCUGUCAGUCAUCACUGCUGAGGACGAAGGCAGAUUCCUAUUGGCAGAUUCCUAUUGGCUUUCUCCUCUCAGUGGGUGGGAUUUAUACGGAUUCUAGUAAACAGAAUUGAGACGCAAUCUCAAAAUCAGCUUUCCUUGUUCACUUCCUUUAAGGUGCAAACUUAUGAUGUCAUCCUAAAGUGACGGAUUCUUUUUGGGGAGAUUUUCUGAUCCAGAAUGAAAUGCAAGCAAGGACACAAGGAAAUCAAAUGCACUUUUAUACACACACACACACACACACACUGACAUAUGAAAACACGUACCAGAGAUCUGUGUUAAGCUCUGCUGUUUUUACAUCUUGUGGGGCCUGUUAUGCAUUACAAAAACUCAGGGGGGUUGAAGCAAAUCUAGUGGUCUUUGAAACAGAUAAAUGCUGUGUGUUGUGAACUUAUAACCUGUGAACACGACGAAGAGAGAGGAGCAUCAACUUUUAUUUUGUGACUUUGAGUUCUCCUCCUUCCUAUAUUUUGUCUAUCUUCUAUGAAUAACCCAUCCAUUUCCCUCCACGACGCAUACAGCACGUUAGCCUGUAUGCAUGUAUGUAUUUAUGCAUUAUGAUUUGUGUAAAAAUGCAUAUACUCACUCGCUGUUUCGUCCUUGUAAAUCUGUAUUGUACUUGAGACCCGUUUUUGAGUUUUGUAAUACCUCUGAAGGGAUAGGUGAAGAGUUACGUUACACCUGUAUUGUAGGAGGGAACACUGUUACUACCAGCCUUCUGAAAAAAAAAUGGUGAAAAAAAAACACCAAUGUUGUAGCAUCUGGAGACCCUCAUGCCACAGAGGGCCCGCCCUUGUUGUGUAUAAUAGUGUACAGAUGUGUGAAUAGUACUUUGAAACCAGGCUUACAGAGGAGUGCAUGGUUGGCAAAGGGUGAAUAGUUACCGUGCGAUAUGAGGUUUAGUGCAUGACAAAAAUUUGCCAUGGUGCCGUCCCUUUAAGUUUUCAGGAGAAUCAGUGUUUUUUUCCCACCAAAAUACACCCUCCAAUAUUAGUUGUUAUAAGGUGCAAAUAAAAAUAUCUCACUGUUAAUUUUGGCACUAGACAUUUCAAAGCCACCCUCUAACUUUACAUGUUGUAGUAAGCUAGCAUCACCAAAACAGUGAACCAGGGAAACACAAGCAAAAAUCUGUUCAUCAGUAUAUAGAAUUAGAUGUUAAGUGAACCAGCAAAUAACUAUAAAAAUAUUUUUUAUCAGUACUUACUACAGGAAUAAUCACUUUCUACUGUCAACGUCUUUUAGUUCUAAGGGAUUAUAAUCACAGAUUGAUUUAUGUAUAAUGCGUGUAAAAUAUAUUUUCUCUUUUGGGAGAUAAAUUACACCUUUACACCACAACUGCUUUAUACCGGCACAAUUUCACAAAUAAAAUCUCAAAAUAUGCAAAAACAAGCAAAAAACUGACAAGACAUACCACUAGAUACCUUAAUCACCUCCUUUGUCCACUUCUUGUAAAAAAUCCUAAGGCCAGCUUUAACUUCAACCUUUGCCCUUCGAACUUUACACUUUAUAAUGAAUCUUGCUUCUUCUCAACUUGAUGUUAGUGGGUAUUUUUCCUGUGUAUUCCAUUUUAAAUUGUAAUCUAGUUUGUAUAAGAAAUGGUGCGCAUGUAAAUAAAGCUUGGUGAGGCUCCAUACA